AUGCCAGAUCUGGGACAGACACUGGACGCACCUUCCUGGCCUGGGAUGAUGUGCAGUGGGCCGGAGCUGGCUGCUGCUGCUGCUGCUGCUGCUGUUAGGUACUGCUGUACGGUAUCUUAG